AAUCUGUCAAUAUUUAAUUUCCAUUUUAACACAAUAACUUUAGGUAAUCUGUACUCAGGUAAUAUGCCAUGGUUACACCUGAUAUGUGUCCCAUUGGACUUGAUACCUAAUUUUUGAAAGUUUCUCACAGUUUAUGGUUACAACGCGUGAGGUCGCUGAUGGCCGCGUGUUUCGUGAGCUCGGUAUUUUAAGUCUCCUCCUUUCUUUUUAUGCGUCACAGCAGACUUCGUGCUUUGUUGCAUGAGCAGAAACCAUGGCUGAAAGCCGAGGAGUGGAAUCAUUUGGUCUAAAAAUUUGCCCGAUCGAGAGGCGUUUGUAUAGAAAUAAUUAGGAUCUGGUCUGUUUCUCUUAAAUCAGCGAUGGACAGAAGAAGGAAUAAUUGGAUUUUAUUUUUGCUGCUCAUGUUGUUUGUAUCCAACCGGUCUGCUGCUCAGAUAUCCUACUCCGUCGCCGAGGAGGCGGACAAAGGAACUGUGGUCGGGAACCCCGCAAAGGAUUUAAAUGUCAAUGUUCGAGACCUGCAAACUAGGAAUCUAAAUAUUGUGUCGGGACACCGUAAGAAAUACUUUGAGGCUGAUUUUAAAACAGGAGAUCUUUAUGUCAACGAGAGAAUAGAUCGUGAGGAGCUUUGUCUGAACUCUAUUAAAUGCACAUUAAACGUCGAGGCCAUACUGAGUGAUCCUGUGGUGCACAGACGCAUUGAGGUGGUGAUUGCUGAUGUGAACGACAAUGUGCCUACUUUCAUGGAUAAAUCAUUUUCUCUCAACAUCUCUGAAUCUUCUCCAGUGGGCGAGCGCUUCUUGUUGCCUUUGGCAGUCGAUGCAGAUUCGAGCAGCAACUCUGCAAAAAAUUACAAGCUCAGUGUAAAUGAAUACUUCUCCCUCGAUGUACAGAGCGGCGGAGAGCACGGCGCAUCUGCUGAAUUAGUGCUACUAAAAGCUUUAGACCGAGAGAAGCAAGGAGUAAUUAAACUGACACUCACUGCUACAGAUGGAGGAAGACCUCCAAAAACUGGAACUCUACAGAUCAUUGUUAAUGUUCUGGAUGUGAACGAUAACACUCUGUCGUUUAGCAAAACACUCUAUAAAGCUCGCGUUAAUGAAAAUGCCCCAGUUGGAUCUGUUGUUAUUCAGCUUAGUGCCACUGAUUUAGACAAAGGAGACAACGGGAAAGUAGUCUACUCUUUUUUCAAACGUGCAACCUUUAACCCAUCUGAUAUAUUUUUGAUAAAUGCAGAACGGGAGAUGUAAGCUUUAAAAGGGAAUUAGACUAUGAAACACAAUCAGCGUACGAAAUCCAUGUUCAAGCGACAGACAAAGGUUCGUCACCUCGGAGAUCAAAUGGAUAGCUUUUAAUCGAAGUAGUGGAUGUAAACGACAACGCCCCUGAAAUUAUUGUAACAUCACUGAUGAACCCAGUUAAAGAAGAUGCUGAAACAGGAAGCGUUGUCGCUUUGGUCACAGUGACGGAUAAAGACGGUGGCAAAAAUGGGCAAACUCGUUGUAAGCUUGUUGGAUCGACUCCUUUUAAGUUAAAUUCUAAUUAUAAGAGUUAUUAUUCUUUAGUUGAAGAUGGACCACUUGAUCGAGAAGCCCAUCCUUCUUACAACGUCACAAUUAUAGCUAAUGAUGACGGUGUCCCAUCUCUGUCCAGCUCCAGCGUUAUUAAUGUUCAAGUUGCUGAUGUAAAUGACAACGCACCUCGUUUCCUAGAUCCUGUGAUCAAUAUUUAUGUGAAAGAAAACAGCCCAGUUGGAGCCAGUAUUUUUACCAUACGUGCAGUCGAUCCUGAUGUAAAUGAAAACGCCAGAGUA